AUGUAUAUAAAAUAAAUAUAAGACCACACAUCCCUCCUCAACUCACUCUCAAGAAUCAUGAAGGAGCCGAAAUCCAAGAAACAGCAGGCGUGGAAGCCCUUGACAGCAAGCUACUGCUGCUCAGCGGACGACCAUACUAUUUUCGGAAACUUGAGCCGGUGCAGGCCCUCGAAGAGUGAGUACUCGAAGAACAUUGGGGGCGGGGGGGCCUUGCCGUCAUUCAGAAAGCUGUCGUUCUCGGAUGUGAGCCUGGGGUCGUCUUCGGCGAGGAUCAAUGAGGAUCUGGCGCAGUCUUUCGGGGGGGAUUUGUACGACUUUCAGCUGAGCGAGCUGCGGGGGGUGACGCAGAAUUUCUCGAGCAAUUUCUUGCUGGGAGAGGGAGGUUUCGGGAGAGUGCACAAAGGGUACAUUGAUGAGAGCUUGAGGGCGGGGUUGAAGGCUCAGCCGGUUGCUGUCAAGCUUCUUGAUAUUGAAGGCCUCCAGGGCCACCGUGAAUGGCUUGCGGAAGUGAUAUUCCUAGGGCAGCUAAGGCACCCAAAUUUGGUGAAGUUAAUUGGGUAUUGCUGCGAAGAUGAAGAGCGGCUUCUUGUGUAUGAGUUCAUGGCUCGAGGCAGCUUGGAGAAUCAUUUGUUCAAAAGAGGAUUGUCGAUUUCACUGGCAUGGGCGACGAGGUUGAAGAUCGCUAUAGGUGCAGCAAAGGGGCUUGCUUUUUUGCACGGUGCUGAAAAACCUGUCAUAUAUCGUGAUUUCAAGACAUCUAAUAUCUUACUAGAUUCGGACUUCAAUGCUAAAUUGUCAGAUUUCGGACUUGCCAAAAUGGGACCUGAAGGAUCAAAUACCCAUGUUACCACUCGUGUGAUGGGAACCUAUGGCUACGCUGCUCCUGAAUAUGUUAGCACUGGUCACCUAACUACAAAAAGUGACAUCUAUAGUUUUGGAGUAGUUCUACUUGAACUCCUAACGGGAAGAAGAGCGAUGGAGAAGAUAAGGCCCAAAAGUGAGCAGAACCUGGUGGAUUGGGCCCGGCCCUAUUUGUCAAGUAGUAGGAGAUUGCGAUGCAUAAUGGACCCUAGACUUGGGGGGCAGUAUUCUGUGAAGGGGGCAAAGGAGAUGGGCCUUUUGGCCCUACAAUGUGUAAGCUUGAACCCAAAAGACAGGCCCAAAAUGCCAGCCAUUAUUGAAACUCUUGAGAGCUUGCAGAAUUUAAGGGAUAUGGCUAUUACUCAUGGACAGUGGCCCGCUUCACCUAAAUCGGGCCGGAAUUUGAGCUGCUCUGCUAAAGGAAGGAGGGAGGGUGGAUUUGGGUGUAAGAGUGCUGCUGUAGCUGCCAGCCCAAGAAGCAAAUAACUAAAGAAAAUUAUAGUAAUUUGGAAGAAAAAUGGAGUGUUAAGGAGAAGGGACAUUUUAGUUUGUAAGCACGAGGCAUGUGUUAUUGCCAGUGUAAUUAUGUGAAUGUAUAUGGUAUUAUAUAUAUAUAUAUAUAAAUAGUUAUCUACUAA